AUGAAGAGACACGGUGCGUUGCUGUCGGUGUCGGUGCUGGUGCUGCUACUGGAUGCUCUGGUCGCUACCGUCGCUGUUCCCGCGUCUGCAAUCGGUGUCGGGGUUGAGGCGACCGAGGUUUUCUCCGUCACUGAUGUCGUUCCACCGGGCAACAAUUUGCUGUUUGCAUUUCACAUGAACCCUGACUUUGUUUUUCCCGUCCGCGUUCGAUGUCGUGAAACGGGAGAUGUGCUGCAGGCGUGGAAGGACAGCCCACAAGGGUACCUCAAUCUUCCAUCAACGGACAAGACACGCCACCUCGUCUUUGAGUUUGACAACUCCCAGUCGACGCUGACGCCCAUGAGCGUGAGCUUCGACAUCCGCGUCAUCACGGACCCGACCCGGGGCGUUCGGGAGGAGGAGAUCGACCCAAUCGAGAAGAAGGUGCAGACACUCUUCGACAAGACGCAGAUCCUGCGCAGACUGCAGGAGUCGAUUCGCUACAACCAGAAGGAGCACCGCACCAUUGUCGAGCAUGCAAGUGAGGGCGUGCACUGGUGGUCCAUCAUGCAGGUCGUGGGCUUCUUUGUUGCAGCGGGUGGCCAGCUGUGGCUGUUGCGGAGUUUUGUUGAGAAGCGUCGCACCAUCUGA